AUGUCGUUUCGUGUUGUAAGAAGUAGUAAAUUUAGGCAUGUUUAUGGCACUGCACUUAAGAGGGAACAGUGUUAUGAUAAUAUAAGGGUUUCUAAAUCCUCAUGGGAUUCUACCUUUUGUGCAGUGAAUCCGAAAUUUCUUGCUAUUAUUGUCGAAUCAGCAGGAGGUGGUGCUUUUAUCGUUUUACCUCAUAAUAAGGUUGGAAGAAUAGCAGCGGACCAUCCUCUUGUUGGUGGUCACAAAGGGCCAGUAUUAGACAUAGCUUGGUGUCCUCAUAAUGAUAAUGUUAUAGCUUCUGGGUCAGAAGAUUGUGUUGUUAAAGUGUGGCAGAUUCCUGAUGGAGGAAUUUCAAGAACUUUGACAGAACCUGUUGUAGAUUUGAUAUAUCACCAGAGAAGAGUAGGGUUGGUAUUAUGGCAUCCCACAGCUCUGAAUGUACUCCUGACAGCUGGUUCUGACAACCAAGUUGCUAUUUGGAAUGUUGGGACUGGAGAAAUUUUAGUUCAUAUAGAUUGCCAUCCUGAUAUAGUUUAUAGUGCUUGUUGGAAUUGGGAUGGUUCACAGCUAUUAACUACAUGCAAGGACAAAAAAAUGAGGAUAAUUAAUCCAAGAACGGGCAAAGUUGAAGAAGAAGCAAUUUGCCAUGAAGGAAGUAAAGCUACAAGAGCAAUUUAUUUAAAAAGUGGUUUGAUUUUCACCACUGGAUUCAGCAAAAUGUCUGAGAGACAAUACUCUCUGCGUGCUCCUGAGCAUCUUACUGAGCCAAUAGUUAUAGUUGAGCUUGACACAAGUAAUGGAGUCAUGUUUCCCUUGUAUGACCCUGACACGAACUUGGUUUAUCUUUGUGGAAAGGGUGAUAGCGUUAUUAGAUAUUUCGAAAUAACUGCAGAACCACCUUUUGUGCAUUAUAUUAAUACCUUUCAAACUCCAGAUCCUCAAAGAGGAAUAGGAUCUAUGCCAAAAAGAGGUUGUGAUGUAUCAUCUUGUGAAAUAUCCCGUUUUUACAGAUUAAAUAAUUCUGGACUAUGUCAGGUUAUAUCUAUGACUGUUCCUCGAAAAAGUGAACUUUUUCAAGAAGACUUAUAUCCUGAUACCAUUGGAGACACUGCAGCGCUUACUGCUGAUGAGUGGGUGGGUGGUAAAGAUUGUGAACCUAUUUUGGUAUCCCUCAGAGGAGGUUAUGUACCUUCAUCAGCUCCCAAAACUGAGCUACGUGUAUCCAAAAAGGCUAACAUAUUAGAUAAAAAAGGUGUGAGAAAGCAAAAUAAUUCAGAAGAUAUGGCAGCGAGUGAACUAAUAAUUAAAGAAUUCAGAGAAGAAAUUCGUAAACUAAAAGCCAUGAUUGUUAAACACGAAAAUAGAAUUCGAGCUCUAGAAGAACAUGUUAAUAAAGAUCACAAAAUUGAAAAUACCAAAAUUAUUGAAAGUGAUAAUAAAAUAGAAUCAAGUUGUCCCAUUCAAGAACCUGUUAACCCUGCCACAGAUCUAGCUCCAGACGAAGUAUAG